AUGAAGUGCCCAAGAGCUCUCCUGUCUUCUGUGGCUCUGCUCACCCUCUUCUCUUUAGUGGCUGGAGUUCCUUUCCAUAGGGAGCUCUCCAAGUCCCCCAGGAAAAGGUUGCUCCUGGUUUCUUUUGAUGGCUUCCGCUGGAACUAUGACCAAGAUGUGGACACCCCCAAUUUGGACUUCAUGGCUCAGGAGGGUGUGAAAGCUCGUUAUAUGACUCCAGUCUUUGUCACCAUGACUAGUCCUUGUCAUUUCACCCUGGUCACUGGAAAGUAUAUUGAGAACCAUGGGGUUGUCCACAACAUGUUCUAUAAUACCACCAACAAAGUGAAGCUACCCUACCAUGCCACACUGGGGAUUGAGAGGUGGUGGGACAAUGGUAGCCUACCCAUUUGGAUCACCGCCCAGAGACAGGGCUUAAAAACUGGCUCAUUCUUUUAUCCUGGUGGUAAUGUCAGCUACCAAGGUGAGUCUGUGACUGUGAGCAGGAAGGAAGGUAUAGCACAUAACUAUGGCAAUGAGAAAGAAUGGAGAAAUAACAUCGACACAGUGAUGAAAUGGUUCACAGAAGAUGACUUAGACCUGGUCACCCUCUAUUUUGGGGAACCAGACUCCACAGGCCACAAAUAUGGCCCUGAGUCCCAAGAGAGGAAGAACAUGGUAUCACAAGUGGACCGAACUGUGGGCUACCUCCGGGAAAGUAUUGAGAUGUAUAACCUCACGGAUAACCUCAACUUGAUAAUUACAUCUGAUCAUGGCAUGACCACUGUUUUAAAGAAUGCCACUGAUUUGGUUGAAUUUCACAAGUUCCCCAACUUUACCUUCAAGGAUAUUGAGUUUGAACUCCUAGACUAUGGGCCAAAUGGGAUGCUACUCCCAAAAGAAGGGAAGCUGGAGAGUGUUUAUAAGACCCUUAAGGAUGCACAUCCCAAGCUCCAUGUCUACAAGAAGGAAUCUUUCCCUAAGCACUUUCACUAUGCCAAUAAUGACAGAAUCGUUCCACUGGUCAUGUAUAGUGACUUGGGCUAUGUCAUUCAUGGGAGAAUUAGUGUCCAAUUUAACAAAGGGGAACAUGGUUUUGACAAUGAAGACAUGGACAUGAAGACCAUCUUCCGUGCUGUGGGUCCUGACUUCAAGAAAGGUCUAGAAGUAGAACCCUUCGAGAGUGUCCAUGUAUAUGAGCUUCUUUGUAAAUUGCUGAACAUCACACCAGAGGCCAACGAUGGGAACUUAAAAACCACCCUGCCCAUGCUGAUUUCAGGUUCUUCCUACCUGUCAACUGGAAAAUUGCCUUUGGGACUCUUGAUGGCCAUUACUUUGCUGAUGGGACUCUUCUAA